AUGUCAGUGAAAAGUACUCAUGCCAGAGAUAAAAACUUUGAAUGCCAUGAGUGUGGUAAGGUGUACUGCAGGAAAUCUAACCUUGUUGAACACCUGAGAACAUGUAUGGGGGAGAGGCCCUAUGAGUGUGGUGAAUGUACAAAGACUUUCAGUGCAAGGUCACACCUCAUUGCUCAUCAGAAAACGCACACAGGAGAGAAGCCCUUUGAAUAUCAUGAAUGUGGGAAAUCUUUUGGCAGGAAGUCCCAACUCAUUGUACAUUGCAGAGCACAUACUGGAGAGAGGCCCUAUAAAUUUACUGAAUGUGGGAAAAGGUUUUCUGAGAAGGUGACCCUCACAAUCCACCAGAGAACCCACACUGGUGAGAGGCCUUAUAAAUGCAAUGAUUGUGGGAAGACAUUUCGUGUUAAGAUGUUGCCCAUCCAGUACCUGAGAACUCACAUGGGGGGAAAUCCCUAUGAAUGUGGGGACUGUGGGAAAAACUUCAGGGCAAAGAAAUCCCUAAACCAACAUCAAAGAAUUCACACAGGUGAGAAACCUUAUGAGUGUGGAGAAUGUGGGAAAUUCUUCUGAAUGAAAAUGACUCUCCAAAAUCAUCAGAGAACCCCCACAGGUGAAAAGCCCUAUCAUUAUAAUGAAUGUGGGAAGGCUUUCAGGGUACACUCAUCUCUGGGAAUCCAUCAGAGUAUCCAUACCGGAGAGAAGCCCUAUGAAAGUAAUGAGUGUGGAAAUGCUUUCUGUGUGAAAGCUCGUCUCAUUGAACAUCCGUGUGUUCAUUCUGGAGAGAAGCCCUAUGAAUGUAGCGACUGUGGGAAGAUCUUUAGCAUGAAGAAAUGCCGUCAUCAACCUAAGAGAACUCACACUAGUGAGAAGCCUUAUGAAUGUAGUGAGUGUGGAAAUGCCUUUUAUGCGAAAGUGCGCCUCAUUGAGCAUCAGCGAAUUCACACAGGAGACAGGCCUUUUGAAAGCCAGGAAUGUGGAAAGGGUUUCUGUCAUAAAGCUCACGUCACAGAGCACCAGAGAACCCACUUGGGCCGAUCCUUGCUUUGUGCAUUGGAGAAAGCUUCUUCCUGAAGACUCUCUUAUUCCCUACACUGGGCAUCUAAUCAAGCAAAUCUUGCA